AUGUACCAGCGCUCCGAGAAGCGACUGACGGUGUGGAUGGAGGCUUGCGCUCAGGUCCUCUUCUCCUAUAGUGCUGCAUCAGGAACCUUGAUCACACUGAGCAGCUACAACAAAUUCAACAACAACUGUUACAAGGACAGUCUGUGGCUGUGUGGGCUCAAUAGCGCCACCAGCUUCAUCGCCGGCUUCGCAGUCUUCUCGGCUCUGGGCUUUAUGGCCGAAAAACAGGGAAUCCCCAUCGACAUGGUGGCUGAUUCAGGUCCUGGGCUUGCGUUCAUUGUAUUUCCUCAGGCUGUUGCCAUGAUGCCCCCGCCUCAGCUGUGGGCCGUCUGCUUUUUCCUGAUGCUCAUGCUUCUGGGACUGGACACACUGCUUAAAGUUCCGGUGCUGCUCAAUGUCGACUAG